AUGAGAUUUACAAAGCCGCCGAUAUUGCUUCCGGUGGCGAUUCCGACAAAGUCACCCUUUGCAGAUAUUGGUCCACGAGUGUUGAACCAUGCUCAAUUCAAGAAGCCAUCUCCCAAUCUCACUCAAUGGCCUCAACGCCCCAGUGACAUCAAAGGCAUCGAUGCCAAUGCUUCAAUGUGGCUUCGACAGAAACAAGUAAACUCUCUGGUUCCUAUCUUGGCCAAGAAUGAUUGGUUUAUGCUACAAUUUUACCCCGCGAGCCAUCCGCUAUCAAAGUACCGCAAGUCCUUAGUUGCCCUCACCUUUACCAUGAUACCUGGGGCCCGAUUUGAUGACAAAGAGCUAGAUAAGCGACUUAGUCAGUAUAAAGGGAAAUUUCAAAGCGACGUGUACUUUAAGUCUAGUCUCCGGCCCUGCGAUACGGCGUGGGGUCGAACGACAUUCAAAAAGCUUAGCCGUGAUGCCAUGUUCGAAGCACUUCUGAAACUUGAUAAACGUCAGCAAUCGAUGGUUAGUGGGGUGUGGAGAAUUCAAUAUUACGCACACCCAGUGGGUGAUUCAUCUCGUCGACGAUUCUUUGAGGAAUGGCAACAAGCCGUGAGAAAAGCUGUGCUAGUCAAAUUUCAGCAAAAGGUCAAUGACAUAAAACCAAUUAACAAGAAACCGCCAUAUGUUUCUACAUUGGAUGCUAAGAUCCCUCACCUGGUGAGAUUGCCUUACUAUACAGAUUUUUCAAAAUCGAAACCCAAACUGAGGCCCAAAAAGCGUAAUACUCAAGAUUAA